CUCGUUCCGCCAGGAGGGUCCAGUGUGCAGGGCUGUGUCUGGGAACGUUUGGGACCUUUGAGAGGGAACACCAACACUUGCCUUCAGCCCAGGUCUCCCUCUCCCAUUCAUCCAUGCCUCUGCCCCCAGCCGGGGUCAAGGGGACACUCGGCAUGCACCUGCUGACCUGAGGCCACUGUAGGUCGUUGACUUGGGGUUCUGGCUUUCCCAUAACUUGCGUCUGCAGGGGCGGGCCUGGGAACAGGUUACUGAUUCACUCCCCACUUGCUCUUGAGGGCAGGAGCAGCCUGGCAGGCACGAGUCGACAUGGAGACCACAGUGCGUGUGUGUACCCGGCUCCUUGUGCUGGGCCUGCUCUUGCUGCACGCAGGCCUCCAGACGGCCACCGUCCCUCAUGAGAGCAGCAGCAUUGACAUCUACAGCCUCACCGUGCACUCGGAGGUCUCAGCACGCUUUGCCCGCACUCUGAUCACCAGCCGUGUGGUCAACAGGGCCGAAACGGUGCAGGAGGCCACCUUCCAGAUAGAGCUUCCCAGGAAGGCCUUCAUCACCAACUUCUCCAUGACCAUCGAUGGCGUGACCUACCCGGGAAUCGUGAGGGAGAAGGCUGUGGCCCAGGAGCAGUACAGUGCAGCUAAGGCCAGGGGGGAGAGCGCCAGCCUUGUCAAGACCACCGAGAGGAAGAUGGAGCGGUUUGAAGUGUCAGUGAGUGUAGCCGCUGCCUCCAAGGUCACCUUCAAGCUAGUGUAUGAGGAACUGCUCAGGCGGCGCCUGGGCGCAUAUGAGCUGCUGUUCAAGGUGCAGCCACAGCAGCUGGUCCAGCACUUGCAGGUGGACGUUCACAUCUUUGAGCCACAGGGUAUCAGCUUCCUGGAGACGGAGAGUUCCUUCAUGACCAAGGAGUUGGAGGAAGCCCUGAUCACCUCACAGAACGAGACCAAGGCUCACAUCCAGUUCAGACCCACACUGUCCCAGCAGCAGCAGUCUGGAGGGCUCCUGAAUGGCAGCUUCAUCAUCCGCUACGACGUGAUCCACACCCCCUCCGGCGGCUCCAUUCAGAUCGAGAACGGCUAUUUUGUGCACCACUUUGCACCUGACGGCCUUCCGACGUUGUCCAAGAACGUGAUCUUUGUCAUCGACAGCAGUGGCUCUAUGUUAGGCAGGAAAAUUGAGCAGACCCAAGAAGCCCUAAUCAAGAUCCUAGAUGACCUCAGCCCCAACGACCGGUUCAACCUCAUCGUCUUCAACCGGGUAGCCUGGCUGUGGAAGCCGGGGCUGCUGCAAGCCUCAGCUGAGAACGUGAGGCAAGCCAAGAGCUAUACAGCCAACAUCAUGGCCCAGGGAGGGACCAACAUCAAUGAGGCCAUGCUGGAGGCUGUGAAACUGCUGGACAGCGAGCAGGCUGAGCCGCACCCAAGGCGUGUCUCCCUCAUGAUCCUGCUCACCGAUGGGGAUCCCACGGAGGGAGUGACCGACCUUGAAAUGAUCCAGAGGAACGUCCGGGAAGCCAUUGGUGGCCACUACAGCCUCUUCUGCCUGGGCUUUGGCUUUGAUGUCAACUAUUCAUUCCUGGAAAAGCUGGCCCUGAAUAAUGGCGGCCUGGCCCGGCGCAUCUAUGAGGAUUCGGAUGCUGCGCUGCAGCUGCAGGACUUCUACCAGGAGGUGGCCCAACCACUGCUGAUGUCUGUGAGCUUCGAGUACUUAAGCAACGCCGUGGAGGAGGUGACACAGGAUAACUUCCCGUUCCACUUCAUGGGCUCUGAGAUGGUGGUGGCCGGGAAGCUGCGGCCCCAGAGCCCUGCCGUGCUGUCGGCCAAAGUCAGCGGGCAGGGGCACUCAGAGAACAUCACCUUCUACGUGACGUCCAGCAUGGCCGAGCAGGAGGAGGCAUUGCAGGGCCGCCGGUAUGUCUUUGGCAGCUUCAUGGAGAGACUCUGGGCCUACCUGACCAUCGAACAGCUGCUGGAACAGAUUGUCUCUGCGCCCAAGGCCAAUCAGCAGGCCCUCGAGUCCCGAGCUCGGAACCUGUCACUCAACUACAACUUUGUCACUCCUUUCACGGCCAUGGUGGUCACCAAACCUGAAGGCCAGGAGCAGUCUCAAAUUGUUGAGAAGCCCACGGAGGAGGAGAAGAAGCACAGCGCUGCUCAUUCAGGAAGUUUUGCUUUGUCCAAAUUUCACCGCAAAGGCCGCAAACACUACAACCCAGCAGGUUCUAGGGUCAAAUCGAGUCCCCAGUUCGGAGUGUAUGGUUCUCCAGCCAGAUUCAGACGCCCUCAUCCUCAAGGUGCUCGUCAUCUUUCUUACGGUGGUCCUCAUCCUACUUAUGGCGGUCCUCAUCCUACUUAUGGAUCUUUUGCUCCUGCUCCUGUGCUUGACCUCUUCAACACUAUGAACCUGCCAAGGCUGCCAAACUGGAUGCUCCGUAAGCCACCUCCUACCCUCCUGGGAGCUGAAUUCAAAAUGGAGCAGCUAGGACAUGAACUGGUGCCUGUAUGGGAUGUUAGCCCUUGGAGGUGGAGGAUUUGUCAGUUGAACCAAUAUGCCAGCUCUUCUAGGAUGGGAGGAGGGGCCAGCUGCAGGGCGUGCUCCCUGCUGAGUCCUCCCCACCCUCCCAUUCUGCUCCCAGACACGCCUGCACCUGUGACUGCUUCAGUGCCUUCCAUCCCUUCAACUCCCAGGCUAACCAAAGUGUUUGAAAUGAACACGGAAGACCAAGGAAUCACCAUGCCAAAUCCAACUUCAGCCCCCUCCCAGGUACCUUCCAUCUUCCUGCCGGUGCAUGGGCCUGGUGUGGACCAGCUCUGUGUGGACUUCAGAAGCUUCCAGGGACCCAUAAACCUCAUCUCAGACCCUGACCAAGGGAUCAAGGUAACAGGCCAGUAUGAGGUGAAGACUGGCUUCUCAUGGGUCAAGGUGACAGUCCAGAAUCCUGAGCUGCAGGUUCAUGCAACCCCGGAGCACGUGGUGGUGACUAGGAACCGAAGGAGCUCAGAGUACAAGUGGAUGAAGACCAUGUUUUCUACGUUGCCAAACCUCAAGGUAACCAUGGAUAGUACGGGACUCCUGCUGAUCAGCGGCCCCCACCGAGUGACCAUCGGCCUGCUGCCCUGGGGUGACCAUAAGACGGGCCUCCUGCUGCUGCUCCGCCACACAGACCGCUUCUCCCACAACGUCCAUGGAACCAUCGGCCAGUUUUACCCCACUGUGCUCCUGAGUCCUUCCCCCACAAAAGAAAACCAGUGGAUCCUGAAGGCGCAGGCUGACUACAUUGUCACCAGGGAGCACAGGCUGAAUUACCAAGAGGGGCCUCUGGGAAAGGAGACAGCCUGCUGGAAUGUGCAGCUGUAGCUGCACUGCAAGAAGCCCGGCCCCUGGCCCUCUGUCCACCACGUCCACUGCCUGCAGAUGUGUGCCACCUGCAGGGCAGGAAGUUCCCAUGUGUCACAAAUAAAGAAAGCAGUGGGUCCAGGA